CUACCUCCUCCUGUGAGUUCCCAUAUGUAUAUAUACGAGCCUUCCAAGACAACACCAAUCACCACUCACCGCAUCAUAGAAAAUUUUCAGCUCGCUCUCAUCAAACUGUAAUUUAUUAGCCAAUUUUUUGUGAUCAAUUUGUCACUUUCUCUCUUUCUGGUCUACCACUACCACUACCAGGCCACAUUUUGAAUCUACCUACGUUAGUAGCACCUCUACUCUGCUUCCACCAGCUAAUCAAUUGCUCAAGACUGAACUGAAGACGACGAUGACAUUGAUGAAGAUGUCGAAGAAGAAAUCAUCAAAUGGUAAUGAUGAUGACGUCGGUCGACCAAGACCAACACAUAGAGCGUGGAAGCUGCUGCGUCUGGCAUUGCUUUGGGCAAGAAAGGGCGGUGUUUUCAGGCGACGCCUCAUGAUGAAACUGCGCAUCGUCCCCCAGUUGCUCAAGAGUAGCUUCGCCCACUUGCUUAUGCACAUGCAGCAGCAGAAGCAGCAUCAGUAUUACUUCGAGCGGCAGCUGUCGUUCGACAAGACCCCAAUUUUCCCCACCCUCAAAACCAAAACCAGCUGCUCCCGCUCCUCCUCCAUGUGCUUCAUCAACAACAUCCCUUGCCUAAACGCACCAUUAGUACUUGAUUAUUUUGAUGAUGAUCAAGUCGACAUGAUCAUCAAUAACCACGGAUAUCAAUCAAACGAUUGCCGCUACUGCUACUAUGACGAUGAUGAUGAGGAUGAUGCUAGUACUGCAAGACAGAGCUUUCUUAUCAAAUGUGAUGAGAAGGAUGAUGGCCGUGAUAUUAUUCAGGAUGAUGAGGAAGAAAGGGUUACUCUUUCUCCUGCCACAGCUUAUAAAAACAAUAUUUACGAGGAGUUAGAGGAAUCGGUUGACAUAAAGGCAGAUGAGUUCAUAGCUAAGUUCUACCAGCAAAUGAAGCUCCAAAGACAGAUUUCAUACCGACACAACACUCAGAACCUCACAUGUUAAAUUAAUCACAAUAUCAUUCACAUGGUCCAUCCACAUUCCACAAUUCCUCCAGAAUUCCGCAAUUCCGCAAUUCCAGAUCCAGGGACAAGACAGACAGACAGACAGACGACCAAAACAGUAACACGCAGGACAGCCAUCGCAUUGCGGCCUUCUUUUGCUUUUGUUUUUUUGUUUUUGGGUUCAAUUCCGCUCCACUAGUCUACUUUACUGUACUGAGCUACAUUGUAUUUAUUUUGUAAAAGAAGAGGCAUAGCAUUGCGGCAUAUUUUGUAGAUACUGUAGGCUUAGGCUUCCCAUUACAUUGUAUGUAACUACAAUCAUCUCACACAUACAAGCAGCAGCUUACAACUGAA